GAUAAGAUUGUAUUAAACAUGGCGGCAAAAUCAAGUUUUGAAAAUGUUGUCAUCUUGUCAGGGCCACCGUGUUCCGGGAAGUCUCAUUACUGUAAGAAGAUGUACAAGCAUCAGAAAGACCUUUGCAGGGUGUGCCCAGCUGAAUUAUACAAAGAAAACCCAGAUUUUGGAUUGAGGGAUAUCUGUCUGCACAUAUGCGGUCUAUUGAAAAAGGGGAAGAGAGUUAUCCUAGAUGAUGUCAGUGACCAGCACACCACCAGAAAGGCAUACUUUACUGCUAUCAAGAAAAAGUUCCCUGCCUGCAAGGUGAAGGUUGUCCAGAUCCGCCCAGAGUACGGGGAGCUCCAGUGUCAGUGGGCUGCCCAGUUUGCCAUGGCCGACACACCAGACACUGACAGUGGUGAAACGCUGAACAACAAACAGGCUGAGAUACAGAAGUGGUUCCUGUCUGAUCAUGCUAUGUCAGAUUCAAAAGAAGGCACAGAAGAUUUGACAGUUGUUCAGGAAACCCUUCCUUUGACAGCAGUCACAAAUUAUAAGCUGGAGGUCCCGGCUCUCUUCUUCCAGUGGGAGGGUCUGAACACCCACACCAGGAACGUCCAUCUGACAGCCCAGCUGUGUCAGGGGUGGAGCACAGCCUACAGGUGUGGGAGGGUGUUCAUCGUCUGUGAUGGGAAGAACGUCAGUAAAGGUCUGAUUAAUCAACAAGAAGAAAACUUUUCUGUGAGAACUUUCGUGAAAGCUGUUGCUCAACAGGUGAACAUCCCUAUUUAUGUGCUACAACUGACGGAACUGACACAAGCAGGGAGUUUCUGUGUCCCCCAGGAACCAGGAAUACUUGCCUUCUUACAGAAGAGACACCAUCUCCACCUCCACUGUAGGGCCACCCAGUACAUAUAUGCCAGUGCUGCACACAAAGCCAUGGCCGAGAGGGCAGGAGUCCGACACAUCAAGAUAUCUCAGGUUCUCCACCAUCCUAAACUGCUUGUCUCAGCUCACAGCAGCUCCACCCCCAGAAUACCCGAGCUGCUGCAGCACCUGACGGUGGAGGCGGGGGAUGAGGAGCUGCCAGCGGAGAUCCCCCUUUACAGUCACAUGGACGACCUGGAUGAUGGCUGCAUCAAGAUGGAGCUGCCUGGAGGCAGGAGGGAGAUGUUGUUUUCAAAGAACAUCCAAGUUGUCCACAAUUAUCAAAACGACUACAUUACCUCCGCCACACUUGUUGGGCAAGUUGGAAGUCUAAUCCACAACGAGAGAGGGAGCAAAUCUGUACCAUCAGAACCACCCCCGUCCCCCACCUCUAUGUCAGACGUCCCAACCCUGUCCAGUGACUCAUCAACAGGGUCAACAGCAGCACCCGUGAGGGACCUGCCCACUUGGAUGCUGGGGAAAUCUAAGAAGAGCCCAGCACCAUCUUUGUCCAAAAGUGACAGUGCUAGCUCCACAGAGGGAAGAUCAAGGUUCCGCAGCACAGUUUAUGUCAUGACAGAGCUGGAGUUGGUGGAAGCAGCAAGACAAGUUCUCAAACAGGGCGGUCGCGAAGAUCUGCUUCAAGUUCUUGACAAACGAGCAGAGGAGGAAACAGGUAAAGCUACUGGUGUUCCUACUCCAAACAAGGAACAAACACACAAAUCAAAAGUUGUGGUCGAUGGAGAGUUUGAAGACAUGCUGGCUGUCCCAACAUUGUCCACGGAUUAUGCCUCCCCUAGAAAGAGACAGAUACCUGCCCAUGAACUUUCUCCAGAUGAAUCCACCAAUCUUCCGUCUCCAGCAAAGAGAAGGACUGUAUCUCCUGAACAGAGGAGGAAGCCGGGGCUGGUUGAGGGAGAGGACAGGGGUUCUGAUGAGAAUGUCGAUGAGAAGGGAAGGAGUAGGGUUCAAGGGGAAGGUGAAACAGAGGAAUCUCACCUCAGGUCAAGGAGGUGUGUGAGCGAUGUGCUGAACUCAAUCUUUGACUGAAUGAAAAAGAUUCUGUUAUUAAUGGUGCUACAUUUUAUAUAUAGAUACAGAAAUAGUAUCUCAAAUUGGAUGUUGAAAUUGUAUGAUUAAAUAACAAACAGUU